UAGAAGCACCUAAAUUUUAUAUAAAAUAAAAAAUUACUUAUAGUGUAUAAAAAAAAAAUCUUCUCUUUUUUUUACUGAAAUUACUAAAAUGCGCAGGGGGAGUAUAGCGCACUGUUCUAUAAAACUGCACUGACUAACAAUUUCGCGCUUCAGCCAAAGCAAAGCAACUCAUAUCGCUCUUCUCAGUUUCAGAACUGAUCCGUACAAACUUUUGUUUACUCCUGUUUGGAACAUAGAAUGGGAAGCUGGAAGAAAAUACAGUCUUCUUAUAACAAUGGGAGCACAAUUCCUGUUCCCACCAAAGCUCUUAGCUCUACAACUGCAAGAAAUUUGGCCAAGAGUCAACUUGGUGGUGUCAUAUUUGGAACCAAGAAUAGCACAAUAAGAGAAUGUUUUCAUAAACAACUAUUUGGUUUGCCACCUCAUCACUUUUCCUACGUAAAGAACAUUGAUCCUGGAUUGCCACUUUUUCUGUUCAACUACAGUGACAGGAAACUCCAUGGGAUCUUUGAGGCUGCCUCCCCUGGUCAAAUGAAUAUCGACCCAUAUGGGUGGACCAGUGAUGGCUCGGAGAGGACAAUGUAUCCAGCACAGGUUCAGAUUCGUGUUCGAUUACAAUGCCAGCCACUGGCUGAAAGUCAGUUUAAACAGAUUAUUGGAGACAACUACUACACUCAUCAACAUUUCUGGUUUGAGCUUGACCAUGCUCAAGCAAAUCAGUUGACUAAUUUGAUGGCUUCUUUAGCGGUUCCUCCAGGUACUCCAAUACUUCAGAGUACAAUGAAGUGGAGUAGUAAUUUUCCAACCAGUUAUUCUCGUGACACUAGAAAGGAAAGUAGAGGGUUUCCACCACUUGCUCUAGUGGAUAAGCAAGCGGUUGUUUCGGGUACAUCAGUACGACAGAAUACAAUGAAGAGGAGUUAUAAUGUUCCAGCAGCAGGCUCUUCUCGUGACACUAGAGAGGAAGAAUUUCCCCCACUUCCUGUAGCGGCUCAGCCCUCAGAUCAAUCAAGUCAGAGAUCAGGUUCUACUGAUGUUUUGUCAUCCUUUGAUGGAGAAAACCAGUCAUUGGAAGCUCAAUUUAAUGUGAGGGUGGUUGAUGGAGACGAGGAAGAUCUCCUAUGCAAGGAACUGAAGCAAUUGGCUUGUAAACAGGAAAUGAAUGGACAUCAAGACUCGUCUCUGACAUCUGAUACACAGGAUACUGAUUCAACAAAUGGCACACACUUGGAGAUGGGUGAUGCAAAACAUGCUUUUGAUAAUAAUAAUAUUUCCUUGAAGGAGAAGGGAUAUCCUGGGGAACCAUUCGGUUCAGAAGAUAUUAGUGAGCAAAAUUCUGGUUCAUCAUCAAAGUAUCAAGCCCUUAUAACUCAGUUAAUUCACGAGGUGGAAGAGCUGAAGGCUUUUAAAGCAGAACAAACUCAGAAAACGGGCUUUCUUCAACAUAAGAUGGUGCAAGCGGAAAAAGACAUUCAACUGUUAAAAAGACAUUGCAGUUCAGACUCUGAAUCUAAUCUCUCCAGGGUGCUUGAUGACGAUAAGGUUACUGAAUCAUUUGAUAAUCUGAAUUCGGAGCCUUAUGAGUCAAUAUUUUUAUUGGGGGGUUAUGAUGGUGAAUCAUGGUUGUCAACCUUUGAUUCAUACUGUCCUUCUCUGAAUUAUCUAAAGCCUCUCAGACCAAUGAAUUGUGUUCGUUCGUACGCUUCAGUUGCAAAACUAAAUGGUGAAUUUUAUGCAAUUGGUGGCGGAAAUGGUCAAAUUUGGUAUGACACAGUUGAAUCUUACAGCCCAAGUAAAGACAAAUGGACAGUGUGUCCUUCUUUGAACCAGGAGAAGGGAAGCUUAGCUGGAGCUACAUUGAAGGAAAAAAUAUUUGCAAUGGGUGGUGGGAAUGGUGUUGAGUGCUAUUCAAGUGUCGAGAUGCUUGAUUUAGAUAUCGGAAGAUGGAUACUUGCACGGUCAAUGCUGCAAAAGAGAUUUGCUCUUGCUGCAGCUGAACUCAAUGGCGUCAUUUAUGCUGUUGGCGGAUACGAUGGGACAGAUUACUUAAAGUCUGCUGAAAUGUUUGAUCCUAGAGAACACUCCUGGAGAAGUAUUUCUAGUAUGAAGUCUAAGAGGGGCUGUCACUCAUUGGUAGUUUUAAAAGACCAAUUGUAUGCUCUAGGAGGCUAUGAUGGAGAUUCUAUGGUUUCAAGUGUAGAAAUUUUCGAUCCAAGACUCGGAUCAUGGAUGAGUGGAGAACCAAUGAACUACCCGAGGGGAUAUUCAGCUGCUGCGGUUGUUAACGAGACUAUCUGUGUGAUGGGAGGUGUGAAAGAUGGUUACAAUGUAGUAACUGAAUUAUUCUCUAACUUUUUACAGAUUGAGAGUUUCAAAGAAGGACAAAAGGGUUGGCAUGAAUCCAAUGGAGAUGUCAUUGGUAAAAGGUGCUUCCAUUCAGCCAUUGUUUCAUCGUCGUCUUUUACAUGAUGUUUGUUAGUCGAUACCGAUGAGUGUACAGAAAGUGGUUCCACACAGUCAUUGAAAAGAAGUAUUGUCCAAAGUAAGUUUGUUUUAAGUAAUCAGAUUGGAAAAAAAAAAAAAAGAAGUUAGAAUUUUCAUUUUGAAAGGCUAUUAUGGACCUGUUAAUUUUUUUGAAGGGGGGAAUUUGUAAAGGGACAAUUUCAUAGUUGAAUACAAAGCAUUAGUCUCAUA